AUGACGCAACCUCGACAGGAAAGCACUCAGCACACCCUGGCACGAGUCCCUCCAUCUUGUAUAUCAGCAAAUCAACCAUGCCCAAGGUAUAGGCUGAAUCUCUCCCGCCCCUUCCUUAAACUUCGUCUCACAGUCCUAUUCGCGACCUCACACAUCAUGGUCGAAGGACUGGUCCUCAAGGACCUGCUCCCUCACCCAGAGACGGAUCCCACCGUCUAUGAAGGAAAGGCCACGACAAUUGUAGAUGCGCCUACGGAGAGCCACUCACUCGCCCUCGAGGCAGCAAGAGGGAACAACCCGGACCAUGGGACAGGGAGAGCUCAAGUUGCGCAUGGGCAAGAAGUGCUGGACCUAGGAUGGAAUGAGCCCAAGGAACAUGUCGACAGCCCUCUGGUUGGAGGUCUCUCCAACGAGGAAGUCUGGCUGCUGGUCCGCCGUUUUAACAAGCAAAUGUACCAUGUAAAGGAGAUCCCAACCGCACCGCCUGGAGGAUUGGACAUGAACAUUGCAGACGAAGAGGAGUUUUCUCCAGACAAGCUUCGUGCAAAUCUUGAACGUUUGUACAUGACAAUAGGCAUCGGUAUGAUGGCGUUCGGAAAGCACAUCGUUCGCCUACGCUCAUGGCGCGAAUUCAAUCGCACCUCUUACUUCGCCUCAGCAUACUUUGUAGCCUGGCUGCUCGACCUGAUCAUGCCACUGAUCUCCAUCACACUAGUCACACUUGUUGUCUACCCACCUUCCCGCGAUCUCUUAUUCCCACCAGCACCGAUUGCCCUCGUCAGCUCCAAGGGAGGCGUGCAAAAGCCAAAAUCCGGUGUUCUGGGCAGCAAAGACAGUGCAACAGGGGCACCAGAAAACCACAAGGGUGAGGCAGUUGAGCAAGAAGCAUCCAACUUUGUCAAUGGCAUCGCUUCGGUCGCGCUGUCUAGUGCUACGGGCAAACACCCUCAAGGUGAACCUGUGGACGACCGGACUCAAGGAAACAGCGUCCCCGACCCGACCUCGCUCGCCGUUGGUGCUGCGGAUGCACAGCAGGUGGCAUCUGGUGGAAAAGCUUCGGCAAAGCACGACAAGACCAGAGUGCCUAUGGAGACCGCCAUGUGGACCAAGAUGCGGCCCAUCAUGCAUGGUUUGGCGGAUGUCACUGACACCUGGGAGCGCUUUGGAAACGCCCUCGAGCCAACGGCUCCAUUUCCCAAGAGCAAGUAUCGAAUGCGCCUAGCGGCGGUCGUCGCUCCUCUUGCCCUUGUCUCCUUGUUUGUCACUUCAUACAUGUUUAUGAAGGGCGUGACAUUCGGCGUUGGCUUCGGUUUCUUCGGCGACCCAGUCAUUUCCCGUGGUCUUGAGCUGUUGAACCGUAAAUACCCUAACUGGCAGAAGCUUCUGGAGCUCCGCAACACUUUACUCAAGGGCGUUCCUACCAACGCUCAGCUCACAGUCACACUUCUUCGUAUCGGCGAGGCCAACAAAGCGCCUCUACCACCGCCUCCUCGCAUCGAUGCGCCUCCACCAGAAAAGCCAGUCGACGUCAGCGACAAAGAUCUCCGCGCCGCAGGUGCAGAUUGGCCACUCAAUGCUACCCAGGAAGAAUUAAACGAUGCUAUGGCCCAUGACCCGACCGUAAAGCACGAAACUGGUGGUGAAGACAUCAACAAAGCCAAAGGCUCCAACCACGGUAAAAAAGGAAACAAGAUCCUCGGCUUUUUCCGCGGCACCGUCAAAGGCGGCGUCGAGACUUCUAUUACCGCCGAUAAAGUCAAAGCCGCUGCGGGCUCUCAGCAUGCGAGAAACCGCCUCGGUGCUGUUCAGCCCAAAGAUGCCAACAACAUCGACGGACCUAUCGAAUUCAAGGCUCGCGACAAAGGCAAGAAAGGUCAUCUGUAUAUCACCACUGUUGCUACAAUUCCUAGCAUAGCUUUCUCCACGGAUUCCACAAUUGAGAAUAUCGGCACCAGGGAUCGUGAGGACUUGCAUCCCUCUUGGUCCAUUCCCGUUGGUGAUAUCAUGGAGCUCAAGAAGGUUGGCGGAUAUGGAUGGAAAGCAAAGCUGGUCGUUGGAUGGGCCAUGAACCGUGAAGUUGCUGACGGGCUGGAGAUUGUUGACCGCAGGGGCAACGCAAUCAAGCUCACAGCUAUGCCACUCAGAGAUGAGCUAUUCAACCGCCUGGUGGCUAUGGGAGGGCAGAAGUGGGAGUGCUGGUAG